AUGGUGAGCAGAGGGGGCCCCAACCCGCCGCCGCAGAUCGCCUUCGGAGGGGGGGCUCAGCCCUCCUCCUCCUCCUCCUCCGCUGCCGGCGCCGGUAACAUGAUGUAAGGGGGACUCCCGGGAGGGGGUGAAUUGGUCUCCGAGGGGGGGAAUAUUCCGGCGAGGAGGGGAGAGGGAGAGGGAGAGGAUUUUUAGGGUUCUUGAUGAGGGUUUUUGGUGGCAGGAACAAGGCGGGUUUCGCCGGAGGGUACGACAUGGGAGAGCUUGAUCAGGCUUUGUUUCUCUAUCUGGAGGGGCAGGAGCGAUCCGCCGGUCGGGAGCAAAGACGUGAGUUGAAUCGGAUCAUUCGAAUUGCGUCUCUUCCUGCGGUUUUCCUGCGUCUGUUUCUAUGGAGGACGAUCGAUCGGAGGAGUUUGGACCGCCAUGGGGGGGGGGGGGGGGAUUCUUCCCCGGUCAAACUUUUUUGGGAGGGUCAUGAGGAGAUCAUGGCGAACAGAUCUCAUCGUACCGCGUUUUGACCGGAUUUUAUCUGGUGCAGCCUCCAUGUGA